AUGUCGGCGCCGCGAUACAGCUCGGCCGGGCGCCAGGUCGGGUCACCCAAGCCGAAGACGCGAGGCGAGUCCUCCAAUACCCGCCGCACCCAGCCGCGAGCCGGAUUGCUGACUGUGCCCGCCAAUCCAGAGAGCAAAGACACGCUCUGCCGAAAUGUCCUGAUCUAUGGCCACUGCCGAUACGAGAACAGCGGUUGCGCAUUCAAUCACGACCAGAAUAGAACCACGAACCAGAACGGACAAUCGCCGCAAGGCCUACAAUCAGAAGUCGCGAAACGAUUCAACGUCGAUUCGCCGUCGUUCACCCCGACAACGUUGCAAGCCGCGCCCGGGUCGGCGACGACCACGCCCGUCAAGAAGUCUACUUUUUCGUCUCAAGCGGCGAGUGCGGCAUCUUUUGUUCCCCGCGGAACAAGCAGCACACCGUCUGCCGCGAAAGACACUGAAAGCUCUGCAUUGCUUUUCAACCCCGCCAAGUUCCAAGAGUUCACGCCCCAGAACUUUGAGUUGAGCCCCAAUGUCAGCACCAAUGGCGCUGCCAGUGACGCUGGCCUUACAUUCGAUGCCUUCUCCAUGGCGAACCUCAACCAAGGGCUGCCUCAAACCCCAUUCAAUCCGUAUGCGGAAGACCCAACAGCCCUUGCUUCCACUGGAGCAUUCUUCCAACAGCAGAACCCCUUCGCAGCUCACACGCAACCACUCCAGUACCAUCUGUAUGCUCCACUAGGACAACAUCGCGAGGGCCUCCUACCAUACCAGAGGCAAACAAACGAUUUCUUCUUGCCAGAGAAGAUUCGCGAAGAUGCUCAGCGAAAGCUAGAAGCUGCCCAUCAAGUUAUGAACAGUUCAGACUUUCGGCUAUCAAACGAGCAAGCCAUUCGUCUCGUCAAAGAGUGGAAGAAAGUCCACAACGGAAGUGUCGUAUCGGUGCACAGCGCAUUCACGACGCGUAAAUUCCAAGACAGCUCCAUCAUCUUUGUUUAUGACUACCAUCCUCUUUCGAAAACGCUGGCUCAGCAUCAUUUCCCGCAACAACAAACCAACAGAUACAACACAAGGCCGACCGUCACUGAGGAUGUAAUGUGGAGUUACAUCACCCAGCUCGCGAACGCCCUCCAGGCAAUUCAUAAACUCAAUCUUGCAGCGCGCUGCAUCGACGCUAGCAAAAUCAUCCUGACAGAGAAAAACAGGAUACGGCUGAGCGCAUGUUCCAUUCUCGACGUGUUGCAUUACGAAGCCCGGAGACCGUUGGGAGAUCUUCAGCAAGAGGACUUGACCCAGGUCGGCAGGCUCAUGCUCUCCCUGGCCAGUAACACCCCAGCCAAUGCCAUCACGGCCAACAACAUCAACAUUAUCAUGCAGCAGAUGGGCAAUAUGUUUUCUGAGCCACUCGUCAGUAGUCUGAUGUGGCUUGUCUAUCCCAGCCAAAACGGCGAGACUAAAACUAUCGAGACAUUCAUCUCCAAGAUUUCCAGCCAGGUUAUGGCGAAUAUGGAUAUGAUGCUGCAUCAAAAUGAUGCGCUGACGUCAAACCUAUACUCGGAGAUUGAGAACGGAAGGCUCUUCCGUCUGCUGUGCCGAUUGGGCACCAUCAACGAGCGACAGGAGUUCGACGGAGACCGCCAGUGGUCGGAAAAUGGCGAGCGUUACAUGCUCAAACUGUUCCGAGACUAUGUCUUCCACCAGGUCGACGCCAACGGUCAGCCGGUUGUGGAUUUAGGACAUAUCGUUCGCUCCCUUAACAAACUGGACGCCGGCUCGGACGAAAAGAUAUGCCUCACCAGCCGUGACGAGCAGUCGGUCUUUGUCGUUAGCUAUAAGGAGCUGAAGAAGCAGAUCGGGAGCGCUUUCGGCGACCUCCUGAAGGGCAGGCCCAGCGCCGGGCGGGGAUUCUAG